UGGGACUACACGUGCAUGCUGCCACACCAGAGGCUGAGGGGAUCUGGCGGUGGGCUAGGAUCAGACGCCCCCGCGAUGACCAGCUCCCCCGUCUCCAGAGUCGUGUACAACGGCAAGAGGACCAGCAGCCCCCGCUCCCCACCCAGCAGCAGCGAGAUUUUCACCCCGGCCCACGAGGAGAACGUCCGCUUCAUUUACGAAGCCUGGCAGGGCGUGGAGCGAGACCUUCGAGGCCAGGUGCCGGGCGGUGAGCGGGGCCUGGUGGAGGAGUACGUGGAGAAGGUCCCUAACCCCAGCCUGAAGACCUUCAAGCCCAUCGACCUGAGUGACCUGAAGCGCCGGAGCACGCAGGAUGCCAAGAAGUCCUAGAGCGGCCGGCGCCUCUCCCCGGCCUCCGGAAGAUCAGGGUGCGAGGUGUCGGUUCCCUCCUGUCCUGUGGCCCUGGCUCCUGGGAUGGGGGCGCCUUGCUCCAGCGGGCUGCAGACCCCAGCACUGGCGUGACUGACGGCUGAGGCCUGCCUCUCCUUCCCAAGCCCCCUUCCUUCAUCCUUGGGGGUCUCAGGCUGCCCCCAUCAUGGGGGUCUGGGCCCUGCCCACCCUGCUGCCCUGCCCCAGCCACCCCACCUGGCUGCACUUUUGAAGCUGCCUGUGACCCCCAGGGGCCCUGACCUGACCUCUCUCCUCUACCUCACCCUCCUGUCCCUGACCCCCAGGGGCCCUGACCUGGCCUCUCUCCUCUCCCUCACUCUCCUGUCCCUGGCCACUGCAGGAUCAGGAGGGGAGAAGAAGGAGCCUCUGCUGCCUCCCAGGCUGCUGGGACUGGGCUGGUUUUGUCCUUGAAGUGGCCAGGAUACAAGAAAAGGGCAGCCCCACCCCAUCCAGCCUGGGCUCCCCGCAGACCCUUGCUGCUCCCGUGGCCUGGACACGCUGGGGAGCUUCUCACACCUACCCCUACCGUCCAGCCUGGCCCCUUUCCUGAAUCAGCUUCAAGAUGGCACCAGCUCUUUGGGCCUAGGAUACUGCCGGGCCCCCCAAAGGGGUCCCCAGCAACCAGGCCUGGCCUCCUGGUGUCUGCGGUAACAGUGUCCCCGUGGGCAGGGGCACCCAGGCUGACCCUGAGGUGCUGCUGCUGGGUCUGUCUUGGCUCUGGGGUGUGCUGGGAGGGUCACUAGGUCCCUUUUUCUUCCUGUGCCCUCUGAAAGCCAAGUGUCUGUGUGGCUGUGGAGCUCGAGGGUCUGUGAAUAAAGGCGGCGGCACUGGG